AUGAUGCAGCAGGGUCUGCGCGACGUUCCAGCUUCUCACGCCUUGCAUGAACGUCAAUUGCCGCAAUGGGGACGCAAAUGGAAGCGGGGGGCCAAGGUAUCACGGGAUGCCCUGCUACCCGUGCGUGUUGGGCUGAAGCAGAGGAACCUUGACCAUGGCGCCCUGAUGCUUCGUGAGCAAUCGAACCCGGCAUCGCCACGCUUUGGCAAACACUUGUCUGCAGACGAGGUGAUUGAUCUGUUUGCGCCAUCUGAGACAAGCGUCGCUGCAGUCAUGGACUGGCUCACCGCGAGUGGCAUCUCGGCGGACAGACUGUCUCUCUCGGCCAAUAAGCAGUGGAUCCAGUUUGAUGCGCAAACCCACGAAGUCGAAGAUAUCCUCUUUGCGGACUUUUACGUCUUCACCGACGUCACCACAGGGACUAAGACCGUUGCCGUGGAUGAGUAUCACCUGCCCAAAGACGUACAGGAGCACGUCGACUAUGUCACACCCGGCAUCAAGAUGCGGCCUGAUCCCCGUGAGCUGAAGAAGGCGAAGCACAAGCGGCAACUCGAGCAGACCCCUGUGAAGCGUAGUCACAAGUCCACCGUCUUCAAGGUUGACGAAAAACCUACGAAGCUGAUUCCCAACUUCACCAUCGGUGAUCUGACCCCCGAGAACUGUGACACCCUUGUGACGACCGACUGCAUCAGGGCACAAUACAGCAUCCCUAACAACACGCUUGCAGCCCCUGGAAACGAGCUGGGCAUUUUCGAGUCACUCGAUGACCAUUAUGGCAAAUAUGACUUGGACGUCUUUUUCAGCACUCUCCACCCGUACAUUCCAAACGGCACCUACCCCAAGGAGGAACUGAUCGAUGGGGCUGUGGGCUCUGCCGAGGCCGCGGGUCUUCCAGAGGAAGAGACCGGCGUGGAGUCCGACCUGGACUUCCAGGCAUCGUGGCCGUUGAUCUGGCCGCAGGGCACUGUGUUGUACCAGACGGACGAUCAAUACUACGAGGUCAACCAGACUACCCUCACCACCCCAUACUUCGGCUUUUACAACACCUUCUUCGAUGCUCUCGACGGGAGCUAUUGCACCUACAGCGCCUACGGCGAGACGGGCGAUUGCACUGAGGCUGACUGCUUGGACCCUGUGUAUCCCGAUCCCAACCCUGGCGGGUACAAAGGUCAGCUGCAAUGCGGAGUGUACGAGCCGACAAAUGUUAUUUCCAUCUCCUAUGGAGGAGGUGAGGGCGACUUGCCAGCGUCUUACCUGGAGCGGCAGUGCAAUGAGAUCAUGAAGCUUGGUCUGCAAGGCACCACCGUCGUUAUGUCCUCUGGAGACUACGGUGUGGGCUCCUACCCAGGAGAUUUUGGGUACGCUUCUGGCUGUGCAGGGCCGGAUAGCACAGUUUUCUACCCAGACGCGGAUGCAACAUGUCCCUAUGUUCUCGCUGUGGGGAGCACGCAGUUCGAGUUCCCAAACAACGACACGAGCGCCAAGCCCAUCGAAGUCUCCACUACUUCAUUUCCUUCCGGCGGUGGUUUCUCCAACUACUUUGAGGCCCCGUCGUGGCAAACGAGCGCUAUUUCGACCUAUUUCGACGAGGUCUCGCUGAACUUCACUGGUUACGCGGAGGCGGGCACCAAUUUCAGUGACGUGGGCGAUGGUGUUUAUCACAUCGGCGGCAGAGGGUAUCCAGACGUCAGUGCUAUAGGAUCUGACUAUGUCACCUUUACGCAGGGAAACUGGUACACGGUCUCCGGUACCAGCCUGUCCUCUCCGGUCUGGGGAUCGAUCCUCACCUUGGUGAACGAGCACCGCCUGGCAGCGAACAAGACCACGAUCGGAUUCGUCAAUGAGAUUCUGUACUCCCAUCCUGAGGUCUUCUACGAUGUCACUACGGGUAGCAAUCCUAACUGUGAUUCAACUGGCUUUCUUGCAUCUACAGGUUGGGAUCCUGUCAGCGGACUUGGCACUCCAAACUUCCCAAAGCUUCUUGAGCUGUUGUUGAGCGUUUAG